CGGAACCAAGUAGUGUUAAUUGUGUUUUACUAUUACACAUAUAAUCAGCCCAUUAUCCGGAAUGACAACACACAGUUAAUUUAACCAUAUUGACGUGAUCAUGAAUAAUAAUUUCAAGUUUUAAAUACAUAAUGUAUAAAAGAUGGAACUUAAAAAAUGUCUUUUCCGGAAUGUGGUUUCUUCCGAUCAUGUUCCGUCACAGUCCACUGUGAUCUCGCGUGAAUGCCAGUGUUAAUAAAAUUCCCUGGGAAGGAUUGGACUGGAUUGAAUAGGCACAGCAAAAGAUUUUCUGAAUACUCUAGCAUGCCCUGUGAAUUGAAACCGCGGUUAGUGGUUCUGUAUGGGUCUCAGAAGGGCCAAGCACAGUCCAUAGCAGAGGGGAUAGCUGAGGAGGCUGAGGAUCAUGGGCUGGUAGCUGAACUCAGCUGCUUGAACCAGAAUGAGAUGUACAAUUUGGAGAAGGAGAAUGCUCCAGUGGUCUUUAUUGUGUCUACUACUGGAGAUGGGGAACCGCCAGACAAUGCCCUCCAAUUUGUAAAGCGCAUCAAGAAGAAGACCCUCUCCACUGACCACUAUAAACACCUUUGCUAUGCAAUUUUAGCUUUGGGGGACACAAAUUAUGCAAAUUUCUGCAACUGUGGGAAGACAAUUGAGCGUCGUUUACAGGAACUUGGAGCCAAACAAUUCUAUGCGACAGGAUAUGCAGAUGAUGGUGUAGGGCUGGAGGUGGUUGUGGACCCCUGGCUUGAGGGACUGUGGAGGGCUAUCAAAGGAGCCUUAUUAAAAAUGGCUUCUGAUAGGAUUGCUCCCUUGAAAGGGGAUGUGGGGGAUUCACCAAGGGAAAUCUGUAAUUCAGAUAUAUCAGAUAUCCAACUUAACAUCCUAAGCCUUAGUGACCACCAGAACUUUGAGUCAAUCAGAGCAUCUGUAAACACGGACUCCAAAUAUGCAUCCGCUGUGUCAGCUUCAGCUUCUGCUACACAGAAAGCUAUUUCUGAUCUCAGGCCAGCUUCUCCUGUAGGGAGCCCUGGGUUGGCAUCCCAGUCUUGUGGCACUGCCAUUGUUUCUACAUCAGCAAUGGAAAAACAGACAGGGGAUGCUGGAUUUCCCCAUGUUGCAAUGUUAGCCUCACUGACAUGCUCCCUGCCCCCGUUGUCGGAGUCUUCUCUUAAUGUUCCCACUCUGCCUCCUCCAUACUUGGAUGUCUCUCUUCAGGACGUGGACAUUGUGGAGCAGAUUGUUGGACGGUUAAACAAAGAAACUCUUCAUGAGGUUCCCAUACACAGGGUAGUUCAGCUGACCAGAGGAGAUUCAGUCAAGAGGGCCCUUCUCUUAGAGUUAGACAUCUCUGCUUACCCGAUGAUGGCCUGUCAGCCAGGGGAUUCAUUUGACGUGUUCUGCCCAAACAGAGCCGCAGAGGUGGAGGACAUGCUCCACAGAUUGGGCCUUCAGGACCAGAGGAACCAUCAUGUCCAUGUUUCUCUAAAAAAGGACCCUAAGAAAAAAGGUGCCCAGGUGCCAUCCUACAUCCCCCAGAACAUUUCUUUGCUGUACUUGCUCACAUGGUGUCUAGAGAUCAGAAGUGUUCCUAAGAAGGCGUUUCUACGAGCGCUGGUGGAGCAUACAGGAGACAGUGUGCAGAGGAGGAGACUGCAGGAGCUCUGCAGUAAACAAGGCACCGCAGAUUAUAACCUGUAUGUGAGAGACCCGAGCCUCAGUUUUUUGGAGCUUCUCACAGCCUUCCCGUCCUGCUUGCCUCCUCUCAGUCUCCUCAUAGGUCAGAAUCCCUGCUCUUAUCUUAGUCAAUGCUCCUGUCUUAAGUACCCAGGAAGGCUGCACUUUGUCUUCAACGUGGUUGAGUUCCCGGCAUGUUCUGGGCGGCCUGCAGGGAGGCGAGGCUUGUGUACCGGUUGGCUGUUUGACCUCAUCAAUCCUGGCCUGGUUUUCCCUGGGAAGGCUGAAUGCUCUGGCAGCUGGGCUCUGCCUAAGAUUCAUGUGAGUUUGAGACCCAGCUGCACCUUUCGGCCUCCCUCUGAUCUGUCGGUGCCCUUCAUAAUGGUCGGACCAGGCACAGGAGUUGCCCCCUUCAUUGGUUUCCUCCAGCAAAGAGAGAAGGAGAGGCAGGAGAACCCUGAGGCUGUAUUUGGUGAGACCUGGUUGUUCUUUGGUUGUCGCCACAGAGACAGAGACUACCUUUUCAGAGAAGAGCUGGAGGGCUUUGUGUCCAGCAGUAUCCUGACCCACCUCAAGGUGUGUUUCUCCAGAGACGAGCAGGAGCAGGAGCAGGAGGAGGAGGAGGAGGAGGAAGAGGAGAAGAAGGUCACCACUUUAGUAGCUCGACCCAGAUACGUCCAACACAACCUGCUGCUCAACAGCCAAUACAUCACUGAAAUCCUGCUCAAACAGAACGGUUACCUCUAUGUCUGCGGGGAUGCUAAGAACAUGGCUAAGGACCUGAAUGACACCCUGAUCGAGAUGAUUAAAAGAGAGCUUCAAGUGGACCAACUGGAGGCCAUGAAGAGACUGGCAGAGCUGAGAGAGGAGAAACGUUACUUACAGGACAUUUGGGGCUGACAGCUGAUGACCAGAUAAGGAUAUUUUGCAGCAUCCGCUGAGCUUUUUCACAACUUAAAAAAAAAAAAAAAGAAGAAGAAAAAAUCAUUACGCUCAGCUGUAACCUUUAGAACCAUAAAAUUGUCGAUGCUGUAGCCCAGAGGUAGUUUACACCACCCAGUGCUACCAAUGUGGAAUGUAACAUGCUAGCCCGGGGAUUUUCUUGGGCUUUCCUGUUUGAACAAAAAUGACCUUGGUUGGGGCAGUGGUGCUGGAGAUUGGUCCUGCAGUGUGAAAAUGUGUGUUGUAGUGUAGGAAAGCCUCCUCCGUUCAUCCUGUCUGGGGAAAAGGCAUUUACUUCCGUCGGCUGUGAUGGAGUGAUUUUGAUGAGACUGAGAGCAGUAUAUCACUGCACUCUAGAUAGAAACAAUACAACAAUAUGUAGUUCUUAAACAACGCAUGCACAAUAAAUUGUUUAGUGUGAUCCAGGGACAAAAGAAAUUAGUUUUUCAUGAGUUUUUGUUUUUGAAAUGUGCCAAACAAGCUCACUGCCCGCUAAAUGCACCACUGUUUACCUGAAAAUUCACAAUCAUUCAGUUUUUUGUAUAAAUGAAAAUGUAUCUCAAUUCCAAAAUAGGUUGGUUUGAUUGGUUUGCUCUAGUAUUAUGUAGUAUCAUAUUUUCAUCCUAAAUACUGUGGAUUUUUCUUACUUUUUAUAUUAUUUUGGACAUCAUGAAGACAUUAAUUAAGUCCUUGGAGAUGAGGACAUUUCAGUAUCUUAUCAUUAUACUUUGUUAAGUUCUAAGUACACAGGGUGUAAAUCUUGAUGAUAAUGUGCAGCUCUGACCAGAGCAUCUAACUUUGUUUGUGUCUGUCUGCUCCCACAUACCCAGCAGACUGCCGCUUUGGAUACAGUGAGGUCCAUCUUUUCCUGCUAAACCGACUAAAAUCACCAGAACUGUGGUUAAAACAAACACAACUGCGCCUUGUGUGAACAGGAAUUAAAAGACAUUUCAGUGUGAACUGUUGUCUACAAUUUUUCCUUUAUUUGUACAUGCACAGGUGUGUUUGUACAUGACCUUACACACCAUGUGAAGUGUGUGGACGUGGAUGAACAUGUAGGGAGAAAGGCUGGAAUGUUUCUUGGCAUGUUCGAGAGGCAUUUGGAAUUAUUUUCGUGAUUAUGAAAACUGAUUGAUGGGGGGUGUUUUUUUUAUUUAAAUUUAGAGAUAAUUUGAUUGUUCAGAGUGACUUUGGUCAGUAGAUGAAAGCAUACUAUGCUAAUUGAAGGCUUUUCACAAUGGGCUUUUUAGUGCAGCACAGAGCCCCAGAGAGAGGCUUCUCGGAAUUAAGUCUUCUAACACCAGUCUUUUAUUUAUCCUCUUGUAGGGAGGGGAGAGAAAAACAUGUUUACAAUCUCUGCUGCCUGCACUGUAGAUGACUCCCCAUUCACUACAUUUUUUGAGCCGAGUAAACAAACAUUCACAUUUGCGGAAAUCAAGGUAGAACUGUCCUUGUGUUUGUCCAGGCGCAGCUGGCUGCACCUCCUCACCCUCAUCUCUCAUUGUCCUGCUGCUUCACCAAUUCACAAUAGCAGAGGAGGACAAAAUCAAAAUAAUGAUGCACAAAAUUGAAAGACAGACCUGAGGAGAUGGUCAGGAAUAAAUCAGAGGGCUGGAGGUGAGUUUGACCUCAGAAUAGUUGCACCUACAUGAUGGAUACCCUUUGUUACAAAUGGCUUAAAUGAAGCAGAAAGAUGUGUGCUGAAGGUAAUGACUGUUAUGGAAGUGUUGAGUUAGCCAAGUGUGGAGAUGCACUUUAUGUCAAUGAGCUUGGAGAUUUUGGAAAGACCUGCUUAACAUUCAGCGCCUUGGUGCAGAAAGUACAAGUAGUGAUGAUGAGAAUAACUAGAAUGUCCCAAACUCUCCCUCCCUGAACUGUGCAAGGAAUGUGCCUUAGUUAGGCAGGUGGCAAUAUGUCCAAUUCAUUUGGCUUAGGUCUGUGGAUAUGACUGCAGUUCAAACAAAGUAGUGGUAGAUUUAGGAGUAAACUGCAAGUAGAAACCAAGUUUUGUUCCUUAAAACUUCGGAGAAUUCACUCUUGCAAAGGUAUGUACCUGUGUAUGUGUAUGUUGCUGAAGCAGAAACGGAAAUGGGGAUGCAUAUUUUUAUAUGUCCACCUUGGCUAUUAUUUCCAGUUCUACUGCAAAAUCAAAGUUUCAAGGAAUGGUUAAAUGUCCAUGAAAUUUGAGCAACUUUAUAAGAGUUGUUCAAAGAAUGACAAGGUAAUUUAUCUAUCUAUUGCACAGUCCCUGUUAUAGAUUUCUAACAUUGUGGUUUCUGUCAGAAGGCUGAACUUUUUAUUCAGUUUGAAACCUGUAUCACUCUGGAGGUGUCUUCUUGCAUUGGUACAGUCAGCAUAAAAUUGUCAUCUUCUCCAGGUUCUUCCUGUUGUUCUAUCAGUAAAAAGAACACUUCCACUCUCUCUCUGCUGUUCUCAGGCUGCAGUCAAUGACCCAGAAAUGUUAGCUUUGCUCUUUGAUGUGGCAUCAUUGACAGCUCUGCAAGCACACAAACACACACACACACACAUACACAAAUGCAUGCACAGAGCCAUAGUCCGCCUGCUCUCAAGAGUCCCAGCUGUGCACAUACACUUUAACUCCAGUUUCUUUCAAUACUGCUGGAGGAAAAUCUAUGUUUUUCUAAAAAGGCUGCAGAACUUCUAUUGAGUUUCCUGUUUUCACUGUGAGAUACCAGUGUUGUUCUGGUCCCUGUUUAUUGAUCGAGCAGGAGAGAUACCCCUGCUUCCGAUUCAGCAGAACAGACAUUUGCUGUAAUUGAUGCUGGCAGGAGGAGGAAGUAUUCAGUAAGAAAGUAUUGUUCUACCUGAGGAUAUAAAGAAAUAUUUCUGUUAGAUUUAAGUGACCAACGAGACCAUGCUGUAAGAAAAUUCUGAAUAACUUUUCAGUACAUAAUUGCUGACAUUAAAUGUGACCUGCUUAAGAAAGAUUCUCCAUACCAGUCAGGUAUUGUAUGUCCAAAUGAAUUAAGUUGAGAACCGCUUGGCUCAUCAAAUGUUUUAAUGAUGGUUCAGUGAUGGAUGCUCUCUCUCUCUCCAUUAGUCAGAGUAAGAAAUGUAAAAACUGGUUGGGCAUUUUUAAACUUACAAGGAUGGAUGAACAUUUAGUAGAAUUUAUAGCCUCCUCACUCCUGACAGCCAUAAUGACUUAUGCAAAUUGGAGGUUAAAUGCUGAGAUGAGACUGUUCAGCAAAAAAAAGAGAUGCAUGUACAACCAAGGAUAGAUGGAAGGUGGAAGAAAAGGAGGAUGGAAAUAUAAACUGUGUACACUUGACAUUUGUCUUUAUUUGUUGUGUGGAAUAUGCUGAACGUGUGUUACCAUGGUGCUCAAUCAAUAUAUCCAAGUCUGGAGAUAUUUAAAAAUGCACAUGAAGAAAUUGAUUUACAAAUUAUUGUCUAUCAGAGCGCAUCUGCACAAAAACUGUGGAGAUAAAUACAAACAG